AUGUACUUUCUUUUUCAGUUUCUCUCUUCUCACGUUCUUUUUGUCUUGUUCCUUCCUAUGUCCUCUUAUUUAUUUCUCUCUUUAUGUCCUUUCGCUUUCUCUUUUCGCUCUCUCACACACUCUCUGGAGUUCUUUCUCUUUCUUUUUUCACCUCUCACUUUCUUUCUCUUAUCCCCUUUCUCUUUUUCCCUUUCUCUUUCUUUCUCCUUCAUUCUCUUUUCCCAUUUCUCUUUCACCUUUCUCUUUCUUUCUCUUUUCACCUUUCUCUUUCUUUCUCUUUUCCUCUUUCUUUUUCCCCUUUUCUUUCUUUCUCAUUUCCUCUUUCUCUUUUCCCACUUUCUCUUUCUUUCUCUUUUCCAAUUUCUCUUUUCCACUUUCACAUUCUUUCUCAUUUACCCUUUCUCUUUUCCCUUUCUCUUUCAUUCUCUUUUCCCCUUUCUCUUUCUUUCUCUUUUCCUCUUUCUUUUUCCCCCUUUUCUUUUUCUCUUUUCCUCUUUCUCUUUUCGCCUUUCUCUUUCUUUCUUUUUCCCCUUUCCCUUUCUUUCACUUUUCCUUUUCUUUUUUCCCCUUUCUCUUUCUUUCUCUUUUCCUCUUUCUCUUUUCCCCAUUCUCUUUCUAUCUAUUUUCCUCUUUCUCUUUCUUUCUCAUUUCCCUUUCUCUUUCUUUCUCUUUUCCUCUUUCUUUUUUCCCCUCUCUCUUUUCCACUUUCUCAUUCUUUCUCAUUUCCCCUUUCUCUUUUCCCUUUCUCUUUCUUUCUCUUUUCCCUUUCUCUUUCUUUUUUCCUCUUUCUCUUUCCACUUUUUCUUCCUUUCCCUUUUUAGCGUUCCCUUUCUUUCUCUUUCCACUUUUAUCUCUCUUUCUUUUUUUCAGCCUUUCUCUUUCUUUCGCUUUUCACCUCUCUCUUUAUAUAUCUUUCCACCUUUCUCUUUCUUUCUUUCACAUGAAGCCAUAAGUAAAAAAAGAGAGAAAAAAAAUAACAGAAGAUUCCUUUUCGUUUUCUACUCUGAUGUACUUACUUUUUCUUUUUCUCUCUUCUCCGGUUCUCUUUGUUUGUUUCUUUCCUUCAUUCUCUUCUCUCUCUCUUUCUUCUCUUUCUUGCUUUCGCUCUCUUUAGCUUUAACUUAUUCCUCUUUCUUUCGAUCUUUUUUCAUUCCUAUCUUAUUUUUCUUUGGAUCUCUUUCCCGCAUCUCUCUUGAUUAUUUCCUCCCUCACUUUCUCAUUUGUUCUUUAUUUCUUUUCUUUUUCUAUUCUCUUUCUGUCGGUCUCUCUUUUCCUUCUCCCUCUUGGUUAUUUCUUUUUCUUUCGAUCUCUCUUUUCCUUUUCUCUCUUGAUUAUUUCUCAGUCUUUCGAUCUCUUUUCCACUUCUCUCUUUUGCUUAUUUCUCUUUCUUUCGAUCUCUUUUCAUCUUUCUUGCUUUUAUUUCUUUUUCUUUCGAUGUCUUUUCCUCCCCCCACUCUUGCUUUCUUUUUUUCUUUCUUUUUUCCUUUAAUUUUUCUUCCUUUUGCUCUCUUUUCAUCUUCUCUCUAUGUAAUUAAUUUUUUCAAUUUCUCUCUACUCCCUUUCUCUCUUACUUCUUUCUUUUUCUUUCUCCCUCUUUUCCUCUUCCCUCUCUUGCUUCCGCUCUCUCUCUCUCUUCCUUUUCUCUCUGUUGCUUCCGCUCUCUCUUCCUUUUUCUCUCUUGCUAUCGCUCUCUCUUCCUUUUUUUCUCUCUUGCUUUCGAUCUCUCUUCCUCUUGUCUUUCUUGCUUUCACUCUUUCAUCUUCUUCUCUCUUCCUUCCACUCUCUCUUCCUCUUGUCUCUCUUGCUUUCGCUUUCUCUUUCUCUUUUCUCUCUUGUUUUCGCUCUUUCUUCUUCUCUCUUUUGCUUUCACUCUCUCUUCCUCUUCUCUCUCUUCCUUCCGCUCUCUCUUCCUCUUGUCUCUCUUGCUUUCACUCUCGCUUCCUCUUCUCUCUUUUGAUUCCGCUCUCUUUUCCUCUUGUACCUCUUGGUUUCGCUCUCUCUUCCUCUUCUCUCUUGCUUCCGCUCUCUCUUCCUCUUGUCUCUCUUGCUUUCGCUCUCUUUUCCUCUUCUCUCUCUUCCUUCCGCUCUCUUUUCCUCUUCUCUCUCUUCCUUCCGCUCUCUUUUCCUCUUCUCUCUCUUCCUUCCCCUCUCUUUUCCCCUCUCUUUUAA